AAAAUAGUUGUAGACGCACAGAGGAAUAGAACUGAUAUGGUAAAUCGCAACAAAAUUAAAUAUAAAAUUAAGGAAGAUAUUAUUAAGUUAUCAGAUUAAUUGAACUCUAUAUAUUUACGAGUAUCUUUCCAUUGUUAUAAAGAUGAGCAAAAUGCUAAGACUAAUAUUGUGUUCAAUUUUUGUGUUUGUUGGAAGUGAGUGUGCAAAGAUUUUAGCAGUGUUUCCAGGACCUUCAAUAUGUCAGCAAAAUGUGUUUCGGCCUCUAAUGAUAGAGCUAGCUAGACGUGGACAUGAAAUUACAGUGAUAACAACAGAUCCAGCAUUCCCUAAAGACCAAGCACCUUCUAAUCUAACUGAAAUAAAUGUGCACAAUAUAUCAUAUGGGUAUAUACCGAAAGUCCUCAAAAAAAAUGGAACUGAAAAUGAAGAAUUCGAUAUUAAUACAAUUUGUGAUAUGAAUUUAAAACUAGUAGAUAUGCAAUUACAAUCUGAUGAAGUUCAAGAAUACAUUCGCAAUAAUAAAAAUAUAGACUUAUUGUUUGUUGAAUCAUUCAUACGACCAACACUAAUAUAUUCGUUUAUAUAUGAUGCCCCAGUUAUUGAAUUCAGCUCCUGUGGCUUCUUAUCUACAUAUCUAAAUAUAGGAGCAGCUUCACACCCUAUAUUCUACCCAGAUACGAUCACUAGAAGAGUUUAUAAUCUAACUUUUUGGGAUAAAAUUACAAAAUUGUAUAAUUUUUAUUCAUCAAAUAUCAUUUAUGAUAAGCAUGCUGAUACGGAAAGCGAAUGGUUCAAAAAAGUUUUAGGUCAAGAUGUACCAAAUAUGAAUGUUUUGAGGAGUAAAAUUCAUAUGACCUUUUUAAAUGUGCAUCCUAUUUGGGAUUCCAACCGUCCCGUUCCUCCGAGUGUGGUGUAUUUAGGAGGCUUGCAUCAGAAACCUCAAAAGGAACUACCACAGGAAUUAAAGUCCUAUCUUGAUUCAUCUAAGUAUGGUGUUAUAUACAUAAGUUUUGAUACCAAUGUUCAGCCUGUCUUGUUUCCACCGGAGACGUUAAAAAUAUUAACUGACGUUAUUUCCAAACUUCCAUAUGACGUUUUGUGGAAGUGGGAUGGCGAUGAGCUUCCUGGACGACCACAUAAUGUAAAGAUUUCAAAAUGGUUACCACAGUCUGAUUUAUUACGACACCCAAAAAUCAAGCUAUUUAUAACACAAGGGGAUUUGCAGUCUACGGAUGAAGCGAUUGAGGCAGGAGUUCCUCUCGUCGGUCUCCCGAUGUUUGGUGACCAAUGGUUUAAUGUAGAACAAUAUAAUCGUUUUACUAUUGGAAAAGGACUCUUAAUAGAAACUAUGUCAGAAAAACAACUAAUGGACGCUAUUAGAACUGUGAUUAGUGACGAAAGAUAUCGUCAAAAUAUUGCCAAACUUCGCGAUAUUGUAAAUGAUCAACCGCUGUCCCCGCUGGAGCGCGCCGUGUGGUGGACGGAGUAUGUGCUGCGACACGGUGGAGGAACUCAUCUACGUGCCAACGGAGCUGGCGUUAGUUGGACCGACUAUUAUGAACUAGAUUUAGCAUUGUUGCUAUUUGCUGUAAUCACUGUUGUUUUAGCAAAAAACUUGAUGUUUGACUGGAAAUCUUCUGUGAGCCUUCAAUCAAAAUUAUCCUUUCGUUCUUCUUUCUAG